GGAACGAAACCAGAUUACAAAAGGGUGAAAUCAUGGCAGAAAAAAGACGAAUCGCUUGUUCACAUACAUUCUCCAAUGUUUAUGAAUGGGGGAAAUGUGAAUAGUCUAGUUGGAAGCUCCAGCGGAGUUGUUUUUAUUGGCAGCCAAAAGGUCAAACUUAGUGUUCCGAUAAAACAGAAGAGAUCUUUUGACAUGGCAGCAUCUCUGUCAUCAACCAGCCAGACAGCAGAGGGCACCACCAUGGCCAACAGCCAGACCUUGAAAACAUGCAAGAAUGAUGAUCUUGCCAAUUCAGAUAUGCUGCAGCAUGUUCCAACUGUUUGUUGGAAGGUCAGAACUAUUGAUGUGACCACAAGAUUCUGGCAAUACCAGAGGAACGUGCUUGAGAAAGCAAAGAAGGGAUCCCUGUCAUACAAAGACACAUAUGAACUUUUGGCCUUAUCUUCCAUCAUUAUUUUGGAAAUGAAUUCCUAUGUCAUAACUGAGCAGCCUCUCCCUCCAGAGAUUUCAUACUCUCUAUAUAAUACUUGUCAUGAGUUUGUGCUAGGAAAAGAUGUCUUCAUGGAGGGUGGGAAGUCAAAACUAAGCAGGACAAUUGCUCAUUCUUUCAACGAACUAUGUAAUAGUGUUCCAGCAGUUUCAUCAUUGAAGAUGACUGAAGAUCAGCACUGUUACCAACUCCUCCAUCUACUUACAUGUCCAUUGUUUCUUGGCCCACAAAAGGACUAUGAGCUUCAGCUAAACUGUGCUGUGAAGGGUUCUAAACAGAGACCUGAUUUUGCUUGUGUGGUGGAUGAUACACGUACACCAAUAUUGAUCUCAGAAAUCAAACCACAAAAGUGUACACCACUUCUGCAGAGCAAGGAUAGAUUGAGGGUCCAUUUUUGGGGCCAGAAAGCAAUCAAUCAGCAGCUGCAAACAAAGGGUGGUCCUGGAGACCUAGUUGAAUCAUUUUUUAUGGAUUUAAAGUAUGACGGAAUUUAUUGUUCCUGGCCAUUUCUUAUGACAAAGUUGGUGGUUGAUAAAUGUACAAUCCCUUUGGCAGAAUUGACCAUCAGUCAUUUUGUGGCAUUAGAGAAACGUGUUGGAAAGAUUGCAGAAGACUACAAGUGUCGAACUGAUAAUUUCACACCACCCCAGCAGAUUAUUUUCAUAUGUGAUCUUCCAGAUUCUCUGCAAAUGAAGAUAUUGCUUCAACAGUAG